GCCGAGCGGUCCACGUCGAGAGAGAGACACGUGUGCGGGUUGUUGUUGUUGUUGUUGUGUUGUUGUCGUGUCUCGCCGAUGGCUCGCGCGCCACGCGGGUCCCAGUGAGGGUGUGUUGUUGUUGUUGUUGUUGUUCAGACCUGCGAGUGAGCCAGUGACGGACAUGUGGCGGUGUUGCGGCGUCGCGACGCUACUGCUGCUGCUGGGGUUCUGUUCCCGGAGGAUCCACGCGCUAGCGGCUGACGUGCGCUGCGGACACCCGGCGGUGCCACUCAACUGCAGAGUGACCCUCAGCAGCGCCGACCUGCAGCUCGGUACCACGGCCUCCUACUCCUGCGACGAGGGAUACGAGCUCUUCGGGUCGCCGACACUAGUGUGUUCUCCUAGUGGCGCGUGGCAAGGAGAGCUUCCUUUCUGCGGCACCAACGUGGCGCUGCGCAGGCCCGCCAACCAGUCGACGACGGUGCGCGGCGGCGCGGCGGCGAACGGCAACGACGGGGACGCCACCACGGUGCACGACGGGCGGCGCUGCACGGAGACCAUGAAGGAGGCGUCGCCCUGGUGGGCCGUCGACCUGCUGCGGCCGUACGGCGUCAAGGCGGUGCGCGUCACCACGCGCGGCUGCUGCGGUCACCAGCCGCUGAAGGACAUCGAGAUCCGAGUCGGCAACAGCAGCUCCGACCUGCAGCGCAACCCGCUGUGCGCCUGGUUCCCGGGCACCAUAGAGGAGGGCGUAACGAAGACCUUCACGUGCGCGCGCACCCUGGUGGGGCAGCACGUCUUCCUGCAGCUGGUGGGCGUCGAGGGGUCGCUGUCCGUGUGCGAGGUGGAGGUGUUCACCACCGACGAGUUCUCCGACGACCGGUGCGCGCCACCCGGGUCGGCGCCCGACGUGGAGCUGGCCUCCUUCGAGCGGACCUGCUACGAGUUCAGCGUGGCGCGCGGCGGGUCCUUCUCGGAGGCGCGCGCCAGCUGCCAGGCGCACGGCGGCGACCUGGCCCACGGGCUGCAGGGCGCAGCCGCCACCUUCCUGCUGCAGCAGCUGGAGCGCCGCAAGCCGCGCCUCAAGACGCAGCUCGUGUGGGUGGGCGCGCAGCGCGACCCGGGCUUCACGUCCCGCACCUGGCGAUGGGUCAAUGGCGAGGUGGUGGUGCGCCCGGCGUGGGGUAAGGACCAGCCCAACAACUACAAUGGCGAGCAGAACUGCGUGGUGCUGGAUGGCGGCAGGAACUGGCUGUGGAACGACGUGGGCUGCGGCCUGGACUACCUGCACUGGGUCUGCCAGCGCCCGCCCUCCGACUGCGGCAGCCCGGACAAGCUGCUCAACACCACGGUCACCGGGGGCAACUACAGCGUGGGCGCGGCGGUGACCUACCACUGUCCCGAGGGCCACAAGCUGGUGGGCGACCAGAACAGAACCUGCACCUCUGGAGGCCUCUGGUCGAGCCGCGCCCCGUCCUGCCAGUACGUGGACUGCGGCGGUGUGCCGAGCCUCGAGCAUGGGGCGGUGCUGCUCGCGAGUAACCGCACCACGCACGGCGCCAGCGCGCGCUACUCCUGCCACGAGAACUACACGCUCAUCGGCAAGGAGGAAAGGACGUGCGGCGACGACGGCCUGUGGAGCGGGGAGGCGCCGCAGUGCCUGUUCGACUGGUGCCCGGAGCCGCCGGCGGUGCACGGGGGGACCGUGGAGACCAAGGGUCGUCGCGCCGGCUCCACGGCGCUCUACACCUGCCAGUCCGGCUUCAUCCUCUUCGGCCAGCCCGUGCUGUCGUGCGGCCUGGGCGGCGAGUGGUCGGGCAAGGCGCCCAGCUGCAGGUUCGUGGACUGCGGCGCCCCACCGCUGCCCGACAAGGGCCGCUACUCGCUGCUCAACGCCUCCACGGCCUACGGCAGCCUGGCGCAGUUCUCCUGCGACGACGACCACUGGCUGGACGGCACGGAGCUGCAGACCUGCACCCGCGAGGGCCGCUGGUCCGCCGACGCCCCCAGCUGCGUGCUGAUCACGUGCGACGAGCCGGAGGUACCGAGCGGCGGCUACGUGGUGGGCUACGACUUCAACGUGCACUCCAGCAUCGAGUACCACUGCGACGUGGGCCACAUCCUGCGGGGGCAGGCCGUGCACGAGUGCACCCUUCAGGGCGAGUGGUCUGGCGAGCCGCCCACCUGCGAGUACGUGGACUGCGGCAAGCUGCCGCCCAUGCCGUACGGCUCGGUCAUGUACGUGAACAAGACCACGUACCUGGGUAGCGAGGUGCACUACAACUGCACGCGGCACUACCGGCUGGCCGGCGCCUCCUCGCGCGUCUGUCAGGAGAACGGGCUGUGGAGCGGGGAGUCGCCGCGGUGUGAAGAGAUCAGGUGCCCCGAGCCGGUGGUGCCCGAGCACAGCAUCCUGUCCGUGACGAACAACGACCGCGUGUACGGCCGCACGCUGAUCCGCACCCCCGAGUCGGCCGCCUCCUCCGUGGCCACCUACAAGAUCAACUCGCUGCUCAAGUACCGCUGCGAGCGCGGCUACAAGAUCGUGGGCGAGCCGCUGAGCACGUGCGAGGAGGGCGGCCGCUGGAGCGGCGAGGUGCCGCGCUGCACGUUCGUGGACUGCGGCGUGCCGGAGGAGCUGGCCCACGGCCGCUUCACGCUGGCCUCCAACGCCACGUACUACGGCGUGGCGGUGCUGUACGAGUGCGACCCGCACUUCCAGCUGGAUGGCCACGGACGCAGGCUGUGCCUCGACAACGGCACCUGGAGCUCCGACACGCCCGCCUGCAGGGAGAUCCUGUGCGCGGAGCCAGAGACGACCGGUGGCGUGACUGUGGAGGCGGCCACUCGCAGCGUCGGAGGGAUUGCCGUGUACUCCUGCCCACGCGGCCAGUACAUGGUGGGCAACUCCACCCGCACCUGCACCGGCAAGGGCUCCUGGACGGGCGCCGUGCCCUCCUGCAAGUACGUGGACUGCCGGCACCCGGGCCCCAUCGAGAACGGCCGCGUCAUCAUCACCAACGACAGCACGACGUACAGCAGCGCGGUGGAGUACCACUGCGUGCCGGGCUUCGACCGCAUCGGGCCGUACCUGCGCAAGUGCAUGGAGGACGGCCAGUGGUCGGGCGAGGAGCCCCGCUGCGAGGUAACGAGCAAUGAAGUGAGUGAACCGCAGCAACUGGGAAUGACCAUCGGCAUCGCGUGUGGAGUGGUGCUGUUCCUGCUGCUGAUACUUGGCCUCAUCUACCUCAGGCUCCGCAAGGCGACGCCCGUGAAGAACACGGAGAACGUGCAGGCGGCGGCGCGGAAGGAGGACCAGAGCGCGGCGGUGAUGUCGUACGCGACGCUCAACGACGCCAACGGCUACGGCAUGCCCAACGGCCCCAACAUCUACGAGAACAUCCACGAGCGGGACGACCCCACGUACGACGCUCCGUACGAGGAGGCCCGCCAGUACGGCCACAAGUCGACGACCCCCCGGCCGGUGGUCACCAUCAACGGCGUGGCCGUCCGUUGAGCCUCAACGCCCGACGACUGCCGUCCGCUCCUCCUCUCACACACGGUCACAACAUACAGUGAGAAGACUCUUGUUGAAGAAACUGUACGUGAAAGGGAAGCAGUGUGUGCAACAUCAAAACAACGAAUAAAACUGUUUCAACAUUCACACAACGAACAUCGUAACCUCAUUUCACAGCUGAAUUACAUUAUGCACACUGUACAUCAACGAUAACAACAAUCAAAUUGGAAAAAAUUUCCUAAAAUGUUAUACAUGUUUAUAGGUAGUUAUAAAAAUUCCAUUAUCAUCAUCAGUAACUUUUUUUUUACAAAUAAUUUUUUUUUUUUAUCCAUGUAACUGCACUGGACGUUUGAUUAAAUGGCACCGUGAGUUUUUAUCAGAGGAUGAAUGAUCUGUACAUAAUUUUUACAUAGUAUUCUUGUAAAAAUAUAUUUGUACAAAUGUUGCGAAGUCAGAAUGUGAAUAAACUAUAUUUGUUACAUUUUAUACACAA